AAGGAGUAGUACGUUGAAAAUGGCCGCCGCUGCGGGAAAGGGGCUGGCGGCGGUUAACGGUCGUUUGACAACGGUGUUUGUACGAAAUCUGCCCGCGACUGCGGAUGGCGAGCGACUGGGAGAGAUUUACAGCGAGCUGGGGCCGAUCAAACAUUGCUUCGUGGUAAAAGAGAAAGGAAGUCAGACUUGUCGUGGUUUCGGAUAUGUGACCUUUUCACUUCCAGCAGAUGCACGGAAAGCUCUGAAAGAAGCAAAAUUCUAUGAUGGCCAAAAACUCUCUGUUUCUCUUGCCAAGAAGAAACUUCUAGGAAAGAAGGCAGCCACCAAGGAAGCUUCUAAAGCCAAUACAAAACAACAAGCACAGAAGAAAUUGCAGAGGAAAGCAAGAUUGAUCGUUCGAAACCUGAGUUUUAAGUGUUCAGAAGAUGACCUGAAGACACUUUUCUCGCAAUAUGGGACUGUGCUGGAGGUUCACAUUCCUAGGAAAGAAGAUGGGAAAAUGCGAGGAUUUGCGUUUGUUCAACUCAAGAACCUUCUGGAAGCUGGGAAAGCCUUGAAGGGAAUGAACCUGAAGGAAAUUAAGGGUCGUCCUGUGGCAGUGGACUGGGCGGUGGCCAAGGACAAAUACAGCACAACAGUGAAUCUCAAGAGUGCAGGAGCUGAGAGUAAGGAUGCUGUUCAGGCUUCAGAUAAAAACGACGAAUGUCAGCAAGAAGAUGGCAUGGACUCUGGGGAUGAAACAGAAAAAGAAGCUGCUAAAGAAUCGAAAGUGAUGCAACAGCAAAAUGUGGUGUCCAAGAAGAGGUCCGCAACAAAGGAGGAGAAGGUUGUGAUAGAAGCUUCAGAUGAUGAAACUGAUGAUGAAGAAGAUGCGUCAGAUGAAGAUGCGUCAGAUGAAGAUGCGUCAGAUGAAGAUGCGUCAAAUGAGGAAGUAUCAGAGGAUGACGAGGAGGAUGAAAAGCCCGUGAAAAAAAAGAAGUUGAGAAAGGCUAGUCACCCCGUGGAUGUUCACGAAGGGCGGACAAUCUUCAUCAGGAACCUGUCCUUUGACACUGAGGAAGAUACACUGGGGGAGAUGCUGGAGCAAUUUGGAGACCUGAAAUAUGUUUGUGUAGUCAGGCACCCUGACACAGAACACUCCAAAGGUUGUGCUUUUGCUCAGUUUGUGACAAAGGAGUCGGUGCAGAAGUGUGUGGAAGCAGCGGAGAGCCAGAGUGAGAGUGGAGGACUCCAGCUGGAUGGGCGGAAACUGAUCGUGACCUUGGCAAUUAGUCGUGAAGAGGCCAAGAAACUCACCCAGAAGAAGUCAAAGAAACCAUCUGGAACACGGAACCUGUACCUGGCUCGAGAGGGCUUGAUUCGAGCUGGUAUGAAAUCAGCAGAAGGCAUGAGUGCCGCAGACAUCGCUAAGAGAACACGAUUUGAGGAGCUGAAGCGUCAAAAGCUCAAGGAUGUGAAUAUCUUUGUGUCAAAAACAAGGCUGUGUGUACACAACAUUCCAAAGUCGUUGACUGACCAACAGCUCCGAAAGCUCUGUUUAGAGGCUGCAGGCACAAAGGAUGCACGUGUAAAGGAGUGUCGGAUCAUGCGGGAUUUGCAGACGGCAAAGACGAAAGGAAGCGGGCGCUCUCUGGGCUAUGGCUUUGUAGAGUUCACAGAGCACAGCCACUCCUUGACAGCCCUGCGUGCUCUGAACAAUAACCCAGACACUUUUGGGCCAGAGAAGAGGCCGAUUGUGGAAUUCUCAUUGGAAGAUCGGCGGAAGCUGAAAAUCAAAGAGAUGCGCAUGCAGCGCAAUCUGCAGUUGCAGCAGCUUAAAGUGGGAGCAAGCAAACCGGUGCAGACUGAGAAACGCAGCACAUAUUCAAGUGUCCAACAGCAGACCACCCCACAAACUGUUCCAAAGGAUCACAGAUCAUGGUCUGGAUUUUGUACCACACCUGAGGUUGAGGAGGUGGAGCUGGCCAAUGGCAAGAAACGGAAGAAGGUGCUACCUCUGCCAUCUCACCGAGGCCCCAAAAUUCGAAAGCGGGAUAAAGGGAAACAGCAGCAAGCACAAACCAAGAAGGUGAAAAUGCAACCAGGCCGGGCAAAGAGAGUGAAGAAUUCAGUCGUGGUGAAGCAGGCACUUUCCAAAAAGCAGGUGGCAAAGUCUAACAAACGGAACAAGGAAGAGAAGAGAUUUAACUCCCUGGUCGAGCAGUACAAGAAGAAGCUCCUGGGGACAGUACCUGCCUCCUACCCCAUGAAGAAAAGCAAAUGGUUUCAGGAUUAGGGUGAGGUCGAGGAUCCUGCACCCUACCUCAGGCUGACCGCAGGACCUGCCUGGGCCCCAUCUCAGACUGACCGCAGGACCUGCCUGGGCCCCAUCUCAGACUGGGCACCACCUAUGAUGCAGGACCAGUCUGCGCCCUGCAUCUGACUGCAGGAUCAGUCUAGACUGUUGUGAGACUAGUCAAGGCCAAGGCAUGAAUUGUAGACUGUGGUAUUCUGUGGAGGUCAUAAUGUGACCUGCACUGUCAUGUAUGACAACUUCUUCUUUGCAGGGAGAAUGCGAUUCAAUGUGAGGAAGGGCUGAUGCUGUUUGAGGAGGUUGACUGAACACUGCAACCCAACAUGGUGGUAGUGGGAGACUGUGGCUAGAAUGGUGCUGGUCUGUGAGAGUGGGUGUAUUUGUCAGCAGUGCAUAUGUUCUCAGGAUGCAGUUGUGGGUGUGCAUGUGUUUUGUAUUGUUUUUGCUGGCAUUUCUGCUGGCAACCCUUUGAGAGGGUCAGAGAACAACCCCCCAGGCAGCUGUCAAGUUGGGAGUUCCUUGUAAUUGGAUGUUACUGUGCAACCGAUGCCAGCCCUUCAAAACAGGAAAGAAAUAGUUGUCUUCGUGUUUUGUUCAUUUUAUGUUUAAUGCAUAAAUGUGGGAAAGGAAUAUUUGUAAAUAUAUAAACGUUUUUAUCUGGCUUAAUCACAGACCCACUGUAGGAGUAAUCUGAUUUUCAGCUCUGUAGCUUUUGUUGCCUCCUUGAGCUGGUCAGGUGCCGAUUAUGGAAUCCCUGAACCCGAUCUGAAAUUUAAAUCCACUUUUCCCUUUCACUCUUGUAUGUCCCAAUUUAUGAAAUCUGGUGCUCUGAUUUAAAUCUCCCUAACAGUAAGUGCUGGGGAUAGAGGAAGAGGUGCACAAGUAAACUUCGCUCUGAAGGAGACCAUCAAAUUUCAGUUAGCUUCAGUUCAACUGAAAGUAAAUUAUUUUGUGUCUCAUCUACAGGUGCUGUGUAUCUGUCUGUGUAUCCUUGAAAGUAUAGUCUGUCCCGUGAGUGCAUUCUUCACUAAAAAAUUGUUAUAAUUGUGAGUACCGGGGCUGCAUUUGCACUACACUUGUAUAGUCACUGAGUGCUGGCUUAAACCUUCUCCCCAUCCUGGUCUGACUUUGUCAGGCAUUAGAAUGGGAUAGGGUGAGACUCCAGAUUUACAUUUCACCAGCUCAGUUCUUUACACAUCUCAUCACAUCACACCAGCACAAAUUUGCUGCCUAAAUAUGUAGUCUCAUUCUUUGCAAAACAUUUCUGUAUCUUGGUUAGUCAGCCUUUGUUUUAAUCCAGGGAUUGUUACUAUCAGGAAUAAAAUAAGAAAAAAACAAGUUACUUUCUCCUUCAAACUCAGCACACACUGCACUCACUUAUGCACCUAGUUAUUACAAUGUCUCCCUGUUCAUCUUCUGUCAUGGUUCCCGACCCUCCCAACUGACAUUGCACCUUUGCAUUUUCCCUCUUUGACAUAUCCCGCCUGAUCACUCCUAUGUGAUUUUUCUGAGAAUUGAUAUUCAAAAGCACUCACUGUAAUUGGUGAAUUCUUAAACCAUGUCCUAGUCUGUAACGUGAAAAGGUCCUUGUUAUUGUAAAGCUUGAUGCUGGCUAUGACGCUAUGGGCUAUACCAGAAAGUGCUUUUAUUUAUUUUUCCUGCUGCUUCCCUGGUGCCGAGUGGCUUAAAUUGUCACUGUGUAAUGAUGUUACUCAGAUUCUUUUCCUUUCCCUGCUAGACUUCCGUAUAAAUAAACAACUUAAAAUGGAAUAGACCUAAUCGUAAACCCUCUUAGUCACAGGCACACAUUUGAAUUGUGCUAAUGUGACUCUCAAAGUGUAAAUCUCGAGCACAUAGAACUCAUUUAUAAGAACAAAGCACAGAUGGAGAAGCAUCCUGUUUAAUUCAUUAAUUGCAUAGACCGUACAGUAAGUCCUUUUGUGUACUCCUAUUCAUUGCAUACACUGUGUACAGUGCACUCCCUUGUAUCCUAGUUUCUUGCACAUUGUACAAUCUGCUCGAAUCUGGAUUCUACCCCCAACCUGAUUCACCUUCGGGAACUUGCUGCGAGAAUUUCCCCAGCUUGAGCAAACUUCAUUCUUUACCUACACAAUCCAUGUAAUUCAUUGUUAAUCAUUUCCUUUCCUCACUAGAUAUUUCCAAUGUCCUAGUAGCUCACAAGCCAUCCUAUUCUCUAAUUGGUCUCUCAGAUGAUCCAGUUAGAUCUAUGGAUGCUAUAAUUCAAGGGUAGAGAGUUCUCCCGGUGUCAUAACCAACAAUCCUCUGCAAAAUGCUACUACAAGAAACAAGUUGAGUGAUAACUGCAAGUAAAACAGCUGCCACUAUGUCUAUAUAUCUGCACCAUUCCUUUAAAAGGAGCAGUUCUUUUGGGGCACUUUGAGAUAUUUCUGAUCUAGGCUAAGGUUCGUUCCCCCUCUCUAAACUUUACUUGAUAUUUGUACAUCUCCAGCAAAGUACUCCUGAACUGCUAAAGGGCACCAAGGAAUGGGUAUUGUGUGAAUGGGUAUUAUAGUGGAUUUUAAAAGAAAUGUGAGAGGUCAUAUAAUUGAGAUAGCUCAAACCAAGCAGUAAUUCUUCUUGCGUAGAGGUUAAUUACCAGCUCAUAGUCCCAUCAAACAUGUUAAAAAUGUGACUUUUAAAAAAAGACUAAAUAUCUGCUUAUGGAACAGUAAUGAUUGAGUUUUCAACUGAAAAGUGGAAAAUAGUGACAUUUCAUGAUCUUAUUCCUUCCUUUUUGACCCAGGAGCACUGCCAUGUGUGAUUGGUCCAGUUAAGUUUCUAAUUACUGACAGUCUUAGGAUAUUGAUGUUGGGAAAACAGAGUUGGUAAUGUAACUGAAUGGCAUGGGGAGGUGGUCAGACACAUUGUCUUGUUUGAGGUGUCCGUUAACUGCCAUUGUGUGGUGUAAAUAUUAGAACCAUACAAAAUUUACACCACAGAAAGAGGCCAUUCACCCCAUUUUGUCUGUGCUAGUUGUAAAGGGAAAGAAAACGAGUCACCUAUUUUAAUCCCACUUUCCAGCCCCUGAUCCAUAGGCUUGCAGGUUACAGGAUUCCACCUCUAUCACAAAACCAGACAGUAAAUUCCAGAUCUCCAUCUCCCUCUAGGUGAAAAUAUUUUUCUUCAUGUCCCCUUGAAUCUGUCUAACAAUGUACCCUAAAACCCUGCUCCUAGAAAUCAACCUGUCCACUGGGAGAAACGGACUUGUCAUGUCUCAGCUCCUUAUAGUUCCAUGCACUUUAAUGAAGUCAUGCCUCCCCCCGCUUUUCUAAGCAAAACAGCAAUAGCCUAUCCAAAUCGUUUUCAUAGCUGUAAUUUUCAAGUCCUGACAAUCAUCUUGAAAAUCACCUCUGCAUGCUAUGUACAUGGAGAGAAAGCAUAUCCUUCCUGUAAUGUGACCAGAAUUGUACAAUAAGAUCCCAGCUGUAGCCUAACUAGCAUUUUAUAUUGUUCCAGCAUCGUUAUCAUUCUAUAAUGAAAAGCAUUCCAUGUAAAAGCAAAAGAAAUAGAAACUGUACUAGGUCAUUCGGCCACUCAAGCCACCUCUGCCAUUAAAUGGAAUCAUGGCUAAUGUGAUAUUCCUUGCAUCCACUUUCCUGCCCUUUGUUACUGUUAUAGGCUUUGUUUUUCAUCAUUAGCAUACUAUGUAUGCUUCAGGAUAGACAAGAAACUCCAGAUUUGGCGGUACCACUGUUUUUUGUGGGAAUGUGUAAACUGCUUGUAGGAUCUCUCUUUUGCUUGAUUUCCACUGAUUUCUCACUGAUUUUCCUUCAAGUAGUUAUAUCCAAUCCACCUUCAGUGUAAAAUCUGUAUUCCUCUAAUCUAGAACUUUUGGUUAACAUUUAGAGUCCAGUGACUCUUCUUCAGAACUGGACUCAAAGUGUUAACUCUGGUUUCUUCCCACAGAUGCUGACUGACUUGCUGAAUUUCUCCAGCAGUUUCUGUUUAUGUUUCAGAUUUCCAGAAGCUGCAGUUCUUAGUAUUAUUUUAGAACUUUUGGUCAUGUUCUGCCUUUGCUCUUUUCCAUAAUGAUGCGAAAUCUAACUUUUAUAAUCACUGUCUCCAAAAUGGUCACCCACUGCUACUUCAUCAUGUCCACCUUCAUUUUCUAAGACUAGAAUUGCAUCCCCUUACGUUAUGUUUGUUUGCGUGCUGCUAAUAACGUUUUAUUGCAUACCUUGCAAGAAUUUUGUGCCCUCUGUGCUUCUCUCACUUUUCAAAUCCCAAAUGAUAUUAGGGUAAUUGAAGUCCCCAACUAAUACUUGCCCUAUCUUUAUUGCACUCAGAAAUAUGCCUGACAUGUUUGCUGUCUGUCUCCCUUGCACUAUUUGGGGUUCGUAGUACACUUAUGGCAGGGUGGCUGACGUUUUUUAGUAUUUCUAAUAUCAAUCUAUUCAGCCUAAUUUAAUACAAAAUGGGAAAUUGCUGAAGAAUCUCAGGAGAUCUGGCAGCAUCUGUGGAACGAGAGCAGAGUCAAUGUUUCGAGUCCAGUGAUGAAAGGUGAGACCUGCUGAGUUUUUCCAGAAUUUUCUGAUUUUUGUUUUCAGAUUUCUAGCAUCUUGGUUCUUUAUUUUAUUUUAGCCUAAUUUGAUGAUUCCUUUAGUAAGUCAUUUCUCACAGCUGUAAUUUCCUGAACAAAUAAGGCUAUUACCCCACUCUUAUGAACUUUACAUCCAGGAUGUUCAGAUGCCAGUUUUGCCGUCCUUUCAGCAAAGUCUCAGGUAUGGCCCUGACAUGCUGCCACAUGCCCUCAAUUCAUCAGCUUUAUUUGUUAUACUUUUGCCUUUUAACAUGCCACAUUCCUGUGGUGUACUCUUUUUAACCUUUGCUUCAGUCUUUGAGUACUGUUCGCAAAUUUGCUGCAGUCCUGUCUGAAUUUGUCCCUCCUAAAUCAAACUUUCAAUUUCCAUCCCCCUAUCAAACUAGUCCAAGCUUUGCCAAAAAGAUCUAGCAAUUCCCUCUGCAAGAAUAUUCAUGCCAGUCCUGCUCGGGUGUCAUCCAUCUGGCUUAUACAGGUCCCACCUGCCUCAGCACCAACCCUGAUACUUCAGAAAUAUGAUGCUUUCCCUCCUGCAUCAGCUUUCCAGCCACAAAUGCCUGAAUGUUAUGUAGGUGUUAUGUUCAAACGUGAGCAGCUUCAAUGGAACUGAACAUGGCAGUCAUCAGUAAACAUCCUUAUUUCUAUCACGAGAUAGAAAUAAAGUCAUCAAUGAUGUAGCUGAAGAUGUACUCCUGUAAUGAUGUCUUAAGGCUGAGAUGAUAGAUUCCCAACAAUCUCAGCAGAAGUCCUUUAUAAAAGUACUGUGGAUGCUGGAGAUCUGAAAUAAAAACAUGCCACAGAUACUGUUCAUCCCACAGGGUUCCUCCAACACUUGGUUUUCAUUUAUAAAUGUGCUGUGUGCUUGGUAUGAUUCUAGCCAAGAGGAAAUUUCCUGCCUGAUUCCCAUUGACUUCAAUUUUCGUUGAGCUGGUCUGUCACCUUCAGUUGAAUACUGCUAUGUUGUCAGUGACAGUCAAUUUCACCUCAUGUUUGAGAUUUUGUUUGGUUAAUUUGGGUGGUUGGCUUGUGAUGCAGAGUAAUGAUAACAGUGCAGGUUCAAUUCCUGUGCUAGAUGAGAUCCCAUAAAGUUCCUGUUUUUUCACCCUUGCCUCUCACCUGAAAUAUGGUGACCCUCAGGGUAAACUCACCAUCAGUUGGUUCUCUUUAAUGAGAGAAAGCAAGCCUAUUAUGGUCCUCUGGGUCUGUGGCAACAUUCAAUUGUAGCUCUUUUAUCCAAGUUAGGACCAAAGUAACAAUGAAAUAAGUAGAUCUGGUGGAACUUCACCAGUACCACUUUUUUUUAAAAAAGAGACCUCUUUAGUCGUCAUCCCAUUUCUGUUCUUGAGAGCAGCUGCUGUAUGCAAGUCAUUUCUGACACCUUACUGAUCAAAUUCUUUGGGACAUCCUGAAAUUCUGAACAUGCUCUGUGAAUAUAUCAUGAUUCUGGGUAUUUCUUUUUAGGGGACAAAAGAACCUUCGGGUAUGUACAGUUGACUGGGGAUUGUAGAGUUCAUGAUGUGUGGCAUGAUGGAAUUGAUGAGUAGAAUGAUCUUUUGACUCUUGCACUGUGCUUCUUGAGAUAGAAAAGGCAGCAUUGCCCGAACAAGACUUUCUGAACCUUAAGAAGAAAAGUCAGGUGAGUGGAGAAAGUUUGCGUGUAAAAAUAAUACAGGCAAUUAAAGUGAGAUAUGGAAAGUUGCCUCAACUCCCUACGGGGCGGUGAGUUGGAGCCACUCCCUCGGCAGCUGGAUCCUGUGAUGCACUCCUCUCAGUAACCACAAGAGGACACACCUCCUUUCACUUUAUUAACACAUUCCAGCUCUAUUAGGUAAAUGAGGUGGCCUUUUAAAUCCUACCUACAUCACUGUUGGGCUCCCCACACAGCCACUAACUUGUGAAUUAAUUACAAUAACACUUACAUUAGGUGUUUUUAUAUCAUAACUCAAAAGGAACCACACCCUGGAAAGUGAAUGUUCCCACUGCCUAUGCAAUCAUAAGUUUCUCUAAAACCUAAAGACCUGGCCUAUGCAUUUUUAUUUUGACCUUUAAUUUUUUACUUGGUGGAAUUCUAAUUGCCCUGAGAUUAUCCUGCUACCGGCACCACUCUGAGAAAUAAUAAAGGGAUUUAUUUUUUGAAAGUGCAAAAGUAACAUGAGUAUAAUCUAGCAAAAAAACACAAACAAACUGUUAGAGCUUUUACAAGCGAAAAGGGAGAUUUGCAAAACCAAACAUGAAUCCCUUAGAAGCUGAGAACUUGUAAUGGGGAAUAAAUAAAUGUAGAAAUGUUAAGCAAGAGGUCGGUCACCACAGUAGAGGAUACAAAAUGUACCAGAAAUAUGGAGAGUCUAGUGAGAGUGAGGAACUAAUUCAUAUGGAUAAAGAAUAUGGAGUGAAGAAGUUAACAGGGCUAAAAAUGUCCUCACUACUUGAUAGGAUCUAUGUUCUGGGUUCCACAAGAGGUGGAUUAGAUACGUUGGUUAUAAGCUUGCAAUAAUUCUCUAGAUUCUGGAACAAUCCCUGUGACUGGUAUAGUUAAUAUAAGACUGCUAUUGAAGAAAGGUGGGAAAGAUAGAAAACAGAACUACUGUUAGUCUACAAAUAAUUUUUUUAAAAUUGCUGGAAUCCAUUGUUUAAGCAGUGGCAAGGCACAUGAAUUGGAGGCAGUAUUUAAGACAAUAAUUGGAGAUCAAAGUUCUCAAAGAGGAAAAUAUAAAUAAAAUAUUUUUAAUCUGUACAAAUAAUGUUGAAGUGCCUUUAAUUUCAACAUUUGCUUGGUAACUGGACAAAGUAAGCAAGAUUUGAGAUCUGCUGAUAAUAAAUGAAUAACCUCGAUACCUUCACAUUCCAGAAUAUGAACCUCCAUCUCUGGGUCUAUGUUUGAUUCAGAACUCUGACAUUAUCAACAUCCUUCCCUUCCACUAACAAAACAAUUGCGUCAAUGACCAUCAUUCCUUAUUUUGUCUAACUCCCCCACCACCAAUUUUCUUCCCGCUUUGCAUAGCAUGCUGAUGCUAAUAAAUGUGGAGUUGGAAAAGCACAGCAUGUCAGACAGCAUCCAGGGAG